GUGGGGUUUUUCCCGUUUCAGUUUCGAAUCGUUCUUUACUUCUAGGAAUGUGGGGUUUUUCCCGUUUCAGUUUCGAAUCGUUCUCGCAGUUCUUCCUUCGUUUGAAGAACGACGCCUCGCAAUUCCUUUGUCAGUAAGCCUUAAAAACUCUCGUUUUGGGGAUCAAAUCCACGAGAAUUUCGCCACUAUAUCAAAAUUUGGCCGUCAGUAUGAAUCAACCGCCUCGCAAAAGUGACUUGGUAUGAUUUAUUUCGUUUGUUUCUUCAGAGACUUAAAACUAUCUAUACCUAAGUUGUAGGUAUUCGAAUGUUUGAAGUCGCCAUUUUUGUCUUUGUUAGUGUUAAUGUGUUCUUAAAAUUGGUACGACCAAAGUCAAAGUGAGAAGAACGCUAUUUUAAAUAAAUGUCUUUUCAAUCCAUUUUUAGAUUUAACUGAGGUGUUCAAGUUCACAAAUCUGCCAAAUCGAAAACAUGGUUCGACUUGAGUCAAAGGAGCGGUUGAACUACUUAAAGUUUAGCAUCAUUGUCGUGGACGAAUUUCCCAAAGCCUUACGUCAAACUUUUAAGGUGAUGUGGGACAAAAAAUUUAGACGGAAUCAGUGGGACGACUCCGAUGCUGUGAGAAAAUUAUUACACAGAAAUGAAUUCGGUAACAAGGGCAUUCCUACACAAAAGUCAUAUGAAGAGUGGGAUUGUACAGCGCUGUUUCAAGCCACACUCUAUGCAAAGUCCUUCCGUUCACCAGACGGUACGGGUAACCUAAAAACACUCGAUGAGCUGUAUGUGAGGCCUCGUGGAGUCCCUCAUGGACAGUUCCAUGGCUCUGUCAUCAGCACAAACGGAGACCCCUAUGAAACAUUCGCGCUCUCUAUCGACCAGCUGAGACGCCUCAGAAAUUCACUUUGUCAUUCUACCAGUACAGAGCUGGAUCAAAACAUGUUUGAUCAGUACGUUAAUCUCGCCAAAGAUGCAUUCGAAGCCCUUUCAGUCAAGACGGACUCAAUUGAUGAGACUCUGCACGCGGAACUUCACACCUUGAGAGCAAGAGUUCUGACAUGCGCAUUUUUUUUUUUGACCCAUUUAUAGAGUUUUGUCUGGUGGUAGGAAAGAAUGCAGCUAAAUAUAACAUCCCAUGAUGCAUCUUAACCGGAUGUGAACCAUCAUAACAAACAAGAUGGCGGACCCCCAACGAGUCUUCACCGUAUAAAAGCAAUCAGAGUAGGAUGUAUACGCUACAAAAGAUCAGAUUGACUCAUUUGCAAUGCAUUCAUGAGUAAAGGACUUCCUGUUCUUCAAUUUUUCGGCAGGUAUGUGCAAGUUUUAGGCUUCAUUCUUGAGAUAACAAAGGCAGCCCGGAUCGCUGAACUUUGAAUUUUAUUCAGUUUAAGAAUGUAUGAAAAUAAGCAAAAUACAUUUUAAAUUCCAUUUGUUGAAAAAUAAAAAAAGAUAGCAAGAAAGAAAGAAAGAAAUAGAUAGAAAAUGACUCACCUUGUGUUUGUGUUGUGUGUUUUACUUUCAGUUCACCUCUAGAGCCAUAAUAUUAAGUUUUACAAUAUGUAGAUUUUGAGUUUAUAAUAGGCCAAGUUAGAAAAAAGGUUCUCGUCCCCACCCGCUUUAUUUUGGGGGCUGCCUCCCAGCGGCUUUUCUAUUAUUUGUUAUUGGAAAAGUUGGACGAACAAAAGUUAUUACUUUCAACACCGUUACCCUAAUAUCAAUAUCUUGACGGUGACAGACUCCAAGUUAUCCCUGGGAGAGGGUUAUAAUUUGUAAAGAAAGAAUACCGAGAAUUGGUAAUAAUAAAGUUAAAAAGUGCCCGCUGCUCUCUUUUUUAAAGAAAUCUGGAAAAGAAACAUUUAUUUUUAUUUUUUACUUGGCCUUCAUUAACAACCUGAUAAAAAGUCUUCCAAAUGGCCCUAGAAUCAAACAGACUGUAAAACACACAACACAAACACAAGGUGAGAGAGCAGCUGUACACAAACUAAAGUAAAGUAUGAGAUUGCAUGUCAUGCGUGACAUCACGAUGCCUCAAACAGUUUGGUUGGUUUCCUGUGUACAAACUUUCUGCCUUGAGCUUAUUGUGUUUGCACCUUUUGACAUACAAGAAAAACAAAACUUAAUUUCUGUCCUGGUGUUGAUUGGCAAGAUGAAUUAAAACCACUCUCUCAGACAGUUGCAAAAGCAACCAGGCUAAGUUUAUUUUGUCAUGUUUUUUUUUGUUAAAGCAAUGGCUCUGACACCAACCAAAUUGAUUGAAAUUAGCUCAUUAGCGUAGUGUUCCAUUCUCGCUGACAUUCAUCAACACACAAGGUAAAUUUCAACAAUGUUGUAAGUCUUUCUCCGCAAGGCCUUCACCCUCUUUUUUGUUUUGCUUCACAAAAGGAACAACAAUUUGACAGUUUGAAAAUGAUAUGGUCUUUGAUUCGGUGCAUCGAAUGUCUUUUCAUAAUUUGGUGUGUUAUGUGAAUUCACCCUCUGAGCGUCAGAUUUCACGUGUAGUUUCAUGUGACUUUUGAUUAACUUUGUUGUAAACAAACCCGCAAAGUUCGGACAUUCGUUUUCUGCCACAUACUGUACUUGUACAAACUACACGCGCUGCUAUUUCAAGUUUGCGCUAGUUUAUAAAAUGUUAUUUCCCUUUCGCUGUUUGAGACUCGAAAAGUUUAAAGUUAAAAAAUGUCUGAGCAGAAGAAUAAGAGCGAUUUUUAGGCCAAGAUCAUGGCAGAAGUUACGGCAGGAAUGAGGAGUGCUUGCAGUGGAAAUUCCCGUCUCAGCAGCUGAAAUGGUUUAAACAUUGGAACUACACCUCGAAAGAGAUAAAAGCGGUGAUGUAGGCAAAUUUCAUGAUACAUACAUAAUUCACAUUUCAAAACUCAUGAUCAGACGUGAUCACACGCUAUUAAUUUCCAAUCCAAUUUUUCGCUACCCUUUGUUGUUUGAAAUUUUCCUUUUCAAUUUGUAUAUUAUGGCAAACAGGGACUCGACACUUUUGAUGAUGGUUAUGUUGAUGGCAUUAACUUACUGAGGUUGAAUCAAGAUGUCUCUAGCAAAAAAAUGCAGGCUUUUGUGAACAUACACUGGAUUCGUAUUUAAUUGUGUAGAGACAAAAGGAGGCAGUGUACUAUACUUCAGCCAUAAGCAUAAGCUUGCUUAUAUUUAAGCGUAUAAAAGGCGGUUGAGACGAAAAUGUAAGCACACUGCUGUAUAAUGAAUUAUAAAAUGUGUCUGCAUCAUUAGUUUCAUUUUCUUCAAGUGUAGAUCCACCUUGCAAAACCAUUCUUUCAACUGAAGAGGAGAUUUGUACGUGCUUGUUGAAACUCCAUGUACCGGCAAAUAUUUUUUCUGUUUUAAUACCACACCCGAGGCGGUUAAAGUCACUCCAGAUCUAAUCCUCUUUGACAUUUUGAACCUUACACUAUUCGAUUUUCAAACAGCGAAAGGGAAGGAAAAUAUAUAAAUUAACCCUAACUUGAAGUAGUGACUCGUAGUUCGUACAUUUACAGUAUGUGAGAGAGAACAGAUGUCCGAACUUUGUGGGUUUGUUUACAACGAUCAUCAAGAGCCACGUGAAACUACACACGAAAUCUGACGCUCAGAAGGUGAAUUCCAAGUUGUUUUGUAACUGCAACCACAAAAUACCUGUAGUGAACACUUUUUACUUUAGUAAGCAUUUUCCUGACUCCUUAAGGAUCCUUAAGAAAAAGUUCACAAUAUGUAAAAGGAAGUUUGAUCAUAAGCAUUGCAAACGUUUGUUAAUUAUGUAAGUUAAAAUUUGUCUGUCAAUAUUUUAUCGUAUCUGUAAGGUCUGUACCCUUGUUUUAGGUAUAAAAUUCUUUUUUAGCUUGUUGAACAUUUAUACUGUUGUGUAAAAAUUUAAUUUAUUGCAAUUUGCUUGUUAAGUGCUGAAUGAUUGUUACUAUUUUAAAAGCUGCACUAUUUCUGUAGUUUCCUGACUAGUAGUUAAGGAACUUUUGAAAGAAAGGUCGCCAGCCCAAUGGUUGUACUUUAUUCAGAUAAUUUGAAUGUAUUGACUUAGCAAUGUUAUUGGAGAAUUAAAAUAUAGUUUACAUAAAAAACUAUCAGACACUUGAGAUACAGUGUAACAUUAAUGUUAUUUACUUUAUUUCAACCGGCAUCUUUAAGUUAAUCAUCUCUGUUUCUGGACUAGUAGAUGACAGAGAAAACUCUUUAGUAAUUAUAAUAAUAAGUAAUAAUUUAUUAAUAUUACUUUUCACUAAUAUCAUUAUAAGUAUCAUAUACAACAAAGUGGCCAUGCAUCAAAUAGGCCAGUUAAGAAGUGCCAAAAUCAAUGUAAAGUUGACCAGAAAAUUCCCAUGACAAUCUUUGUUACAGGGCCCAGUCUUGCACUUCAUUCUGCCCAUUAAUUCUUAAGAUCCUCAAAAUUUUUCCCCAGGCAUUUCCCACUGAAAUGAAACAUCAUACACC